GUCCGCGCGUCGCGAGGCAGGUAAACAGUUCCGCUGUCGAGAUGGACUCAAACAAGGACGAAGCGGAGCGGUGCAUCAAAAUAGCUCUGAACGCGCUCAGCAGCGACCAGCCCGACAGAGCCAGGAAGUUUCUGGAGAAGGCGCAGCGUUUGUUUCCCACAGAUCAAGCCAAAAAUUUACUGGAGUCCUUAGCACAGAAUGGGAAGCCUCCGGACGAGAACGGCAGUCAUAUAAACGGAGACGGACCCAGCAUGAGGCACCGCGGCGACAGACAGGAGACGGAUGCGUCCGCAAAUGGAGCCUCGGAGUCGGCCAAGCCAUACACGGCGGAGCAGCUGGAGGCCGUCAGGAAGAUAAAGAGCUGUAAAGAUUACUACCAAAUUCUUGGAGUUGAAAAAACGGCUUCUGAAGAGGACCUUAAAAAGGCUUACAGAAAGCUGGCUUUAAAAUUUCACCCUGAUAAAAACCACGCUCCUGGAGCCACAGAAGCGUUUAAAGCUAUCGGCAAUGCCUAUGCUGUUCUGAGUAAUGCUGAGAAGCGAAGGCAGUACGACCAGUAUGGAGAGGAGAGAACACACCCGACCCGACACAGACAGCACCGCGACUUCGAAGCAGACAUUUCGCCUGAGGACCUCUUCAAUAUGUUCUUCGGUGGUGGGUUCCCAACAAACAAUGUACAUGUUUACAGAAAUGGAAGAAUGCACUUUGGGCACCAUAAUAGACAAGAAAGAAGAGAACAACAAAGAGAUGGGGGUCUUGCUCUGUUCGUUCAGCUGAUGCCCAUCUUAAUCCUCAUCGUCGUCUCCGCUCUCAGCCAGAUGAUGGUCACACAGCCUCCAUACAGCCUUAGCUACCGCCUGUCAGCUGGGCAUAUUCACAAAAGGCAUACAGCACACUUGAAGGUGCCUUUCUUUGUGGGGGAUCGCUUUAAUGAAGAAUAUUCUGGGAGUUCCCUGAAGAAUGUGGAGAGAAGUGUGGAGGAAGACUACAUCUCUAAUCUCCGAAACAACUGUUGGAAAGAGAAGCAGCAGAAGGAAGGGUUACUCUAUCGCGCUCGCUACUUCGGAGACUCUGAGUUGUACCAAAGGGCACAGAGGAUGGGGACUCCCAGCUGCUCCAGACUAUCUGAGAUUCAGGUUAUAUUGGAUGGUUAGAAACCACUUGGACACAUGGAUAUGGGUUCGUCACUACUUGAAACUAAU